GCGCGAUAUACCGCCGGAUUGUAAUAAACAUUUUUGUCAUCCAAACAGAGAAAUAAAAAUCGUUAGUUGUAUUAUUUGUGAAGAUGGAUACUGCAAAUCUGAAUUCAAGAGAAAAGUGGAAGCUGGAAAAGGUUUUUACGUCUCCAGGCAACUAAUAGUGUGCCCCAAGCAUGCAAACCUAACCUUCAAAGAUAUGAUUAAAUAUGAUGCUAAAUGUGGAAAUGAUAUUGAAAAACUUGUGUUGAACAGAAAAAGUGUAUUAAUUGCAAAACAGUUACAAGACAGGGCUAUAGGAUUGGAUACACCAUCAAUAGAAGAAUUUACAGAAGAGGAAGUGGAAGACGAUCAAAUGUCUGUUGCGAGUGAUACCAGCAAAAAACGUAAAUUGAAUCAAGAGGAAAAGGAAUGUAUCAACUGCCAAGAGAUGAUGAACGACUUAAACUAUGAAAAAAAAAUCAAUAAGGAGUUGUCACAACACAAUACUGAACUUAGAGAAAAUAAUAACUUUUUAAGAACAUUAGCCAUAGAAAAAAGCUCCCCUGUACAAAAUAAGACCUAUUCGAAUGUUGUAUCCAAUAAUAUACCAAAAAAGCAAAAUUAUGUCCAACUGGUCAUUAAACCUAAACCGAACUACAAGGGAGAUGCAUUAAACAUAGUCCAAAAACAAGUGUACGAGAAAACAAAGGCCAGAGUGAUCGAAAUUAAUAAAAUUAAUAAUGGAACCAUAUAUAUCAAGUGUAAUAGUGAACAUGAUGCGCAGGAUAUAUCAAAAACGCUAAAUAACGAAAAUAGUGAUAUAAUAACAGUAUCAUCGCGAACAAAAGAUAAUCCGCAACUUCGUAUAACAAAUAUGGUAUCAAAUGCAGAUAAACAGGAGCUAGAAGAAGAUAUUAUACAAAGAAAUCAACUGUUAGUAGGGAGUGUGAAAAUAUUACAUAUAUAUAAGCAAAAAAACGAAAAAUAUGGAGCAAUAACAGAAGUAUCAGCUGAUGCAUAUGCAAAGAUUAUGAAAACAGAAACAGCGUUUGUAGGAUAUCAAAACUGCAAAGUAUAUGAUGAAUACAAUAUAAACAGGUGUAAAAAAUGUUGUGGAUAUAAUCAUAGCUAUAAAAAAUGUCAAGAAAAUCAAAAUAGAAAAAAAGCAUGCCUGAAAUGUGGAGCUGAGCAUACUCUAAAAGAAUAUAUGAUAGAACAAAUGGACAAAAAACCAGAAAUUAUAGUCUGUACGGAAGCCUGGCUAAAAAAAGAUAUAACAUUUAUAGAUUUUCCAGAAUAUACACAACUAGACAAUGGCAGUAUGAUAAAUCAAAACGAUGGAGUAGUUAUGUACAUAAAAUCUGGAUUACAAUAUAACAGUAUCAAUGAACAAUAUGGUGAACUAAAAGUAGUGAUACAAACAUAG